AUGCAGAGUGAAGCGACGAUGGUAAUGCAUAGAGGCAAGCUAAGGUACACAAGUAAAGGGAGCAGCGGCACCUUGCAGGCGCUGCCCGACAGCUGCUGUGCCCGAGCAAUGAGCUACCUUGCGCUGAGAGAGGUCGAGCUAGUCGGGGAAUGCAGCCUCAAUUCUAAGGUGAGGGCGUGCUCGCGGGAGCUUUGGCUCAUGCUCUGCGAGCAGCAGUGGCCGGCCGUCGCGUCGUCGGAGGCGCUCCGGAAGGCGGUGAUGAUGCGCCAUCCGCGGGACUACUUUAUCCACAAGUACCUCGAUUGCUAUUCGCCGCGGCCGCUGCUGGACCUCGACGACCACCUUGUGCACGUCGAGAUCCGCCAGAAGGGCCGCUCCAUCUGCUCGGUGGCGCGCGAGGCGCGGGACGUGUUCCGCAGCGGCGUGACUGAGUAUCACGAGCAGGACGGCAUACUCAUCGAGGGCCUGCGUUGUGCGGUCGAUUGCUCCGACGACGAUAUGUUUCCGCCGGAAGCCUCACGGCUCGGGGUCACGUACUACGUGAUCCGCAAGAGCGACGGACGCGUGGCCAUUCUCGGUAGGGACUCUACCUUUGGAACACUCUCUGGGGGCGCGCCGAUAGGUGAGGGAUACUUCAAGUGCUUUCCUCAGUAUCCCUCGCUACGCGGAAUGCUCCCUAUGAACUGCGAACUUUUCAACAGCUUUACGCCGUACGUACGGGGCAGUGGUGCAGGUAUCGGCUGGCGUGAUACUCGUAAACGAGACAACUAUUUUGAAAUCUCUACCGCUGUAUUUGUUGGGACCGACGCCGACAGCCCGGGCAAUGACAGGGUACCCACUCUCUACGGCGCGGGCACCGGAAAGCCGCCCACCGUGGUCGUUACGAAAGGGCAGGUCGAGAUUCGUUCCAUCUUCAUGUCGUUCUCUGGCGACCUUUUCCGGCAAGAACCGACGAAUACGCGCGACCAUGAGCAGUAUCUCAUUUCCUCCGAAGAGCUAGACCUCGAGGACAUCCGCAGCGUCCUCGCCCAGCACCUCCGGUUCGGCUAAUAAUACAACUUAUAAGUAC